CAACCCUGAGUUUAUAAUACCAGAGUUUUCACCCUAUAUACUAGCGUAAUUAAUAGUGCCUACAGUUUACCUUCAGCAGUGUGCUUUAGGAAAGUGGACGUAAGCCUUUCUACGCUAAAAAAAUAUUCAAAUACUGCUUUUAUUAUGACAUGUUGCCAGUACUCAUAAUUUUCUGUUAUUGGUUAUGCUGAAUCAACAGUCAAAUUCAUCAAUUUUUAUGGCUCACCUACAUUGUAGAUAAAUGUCAAAUAACAAUAUGGCAGUUCCAACCUAAAAAUUUAAAAGGUCAGUUAUUCAAAAAAUCCAAUUAAAUUUGAAAUCAUGGGCGAUAUAAUAGGGGAGGAACAGUUGAAUAGUAAUAAGCUAGAUCUGCUGCAGGAAGUGAAAAAGUAUAGUGAACUUAUAAGAAUCUAUAGGAAAAAAUCAAAUAAAUACAAAAUUCGCUUGGAGUGCAUAUUGGAUUGUUUAGAAAACAAGGAUAUGGAGCCUCAACUGAAAAAUAAAGUGAAGAAAAUCAUACUAUCUGCCCGUGUAUCUCAAAUUCAGCUGUGUAGUGACCCAAACUCAGUUAAAUGCGAAACUCAGAACCUCCUGGGUGUACCAGUAAAUAAUAUCAAACUAACUUAUUCAGAGCGCGAAACAUUAGCUUUCUUUUUGAAAUACCCAAUUGACAGUAAAUUGGCGAAUUUAAAAGAUACAUAUAAAUUAUCAGCAAGUGCAGAUAAUUCAAAGCAAGAAUUUUUUCUUGAACUGCCUUAUAAUGAUAAAGUUCUAUUGGAGUACAGAAGCAAACUAGCCCUGAAUCAACAGGAAUUUAUCAACAACCAAACACAGAUGUUUGCGGUGCUUGAAGAAAUGAUGAAAUUCCGACUGAAAACCGUUCCUGAACUAUCCAAGAUCAAAUGCAAGGAAUACGAAAUAGAUAUUUUGAUGCAAGAAAAAAAUUCACUGCCAGCUUUAACAGAACUAAUAAAGGAUAUGAAAGAGCAGAAAAUCGAAUUUUUACGGAAAAUUGAUGAACUUAAGGAUCUCAAAAAGACGUAUGAGGAUGCAUCUUGUAAAGAAUACGACGCUAUCCUUCAGUCCUACUUACAGUAUAAGGCUGUGCUGAACAGAAAGAAACAAAUGGAGGCCCUGCCGAUAUAGAACCUCGUUAAGAAAAUUAAUCACACUACUUACCCGAAAUUAUUAUUUAUAAAUUGCUAUCGACUGAGUAGAAUCAAUUUGUACUUGUAUUGGUAGAUAUUUAAGUUUCCAGUUGGGAUACAAAUAAAAAAAAUAAUUUUAUAGAUCUUCUAUUGUACAUACAAUGUAAAAAUAAUGUAUAGAUAGGUAUUUGUUUCUACUCCAAAUCAAAUUCAUUCCUGGGUUUCAGUCAUUUAUUGUCUCUAUUUAUCAAUCAAAAUACGUUUCGGUGUAUUUUCCCACCAACAUCAGUUUUUAUGUGUAGCGUUGUUGCUGCUUUAAGCCUUGGCAUGCAUUUAUAAAAUAAAAACUGAUGAUGGGAAAAUACACCGAAAAAAUUUUGAUUGAUAAAUAGAGACAACAAAUGACUGAAUGAACUGACUGAAACUGAUGAAUUUGAUUUGGAAUUGAAACAGUCAGGAAAGUAUAUACAAUUUGUUUCUACUAGCAUAUAUUUUGCGCAUAUAUAUCUUUAUAUAAAUUCCUUGGCAUGGUUUAAAUUAUUUAAAAAUAAAAUCAAUGAUAAAAG